UCAAAUCAUAUCAAAAAAAAAUUCAUCUAAAAUCUAGGCUGGUUGUGACGGAGAAACUAAAACAUCUCUUCUCCUCUUCCUUUUUUCCGCCUCUGUUUUUGAUCCAUUAAACUUGCCGGCAAUUAGCCGUCUCUCAAUUUGAUUAGUAGUCUGCUCCAUCUAAGACUCUCCUUUCCUUCUGCUUCUCUUCCCUUCCCUUCACAUUCACGUUUCUUCCUUCUGUUUUCUCAAUUUCAUGCCAUCAGAUAAAUUCUUUUCAUAUUUAUCCUUUUAAACAUGACUUUCUCUUGGAAAAAGGAAAAAAAAUAAAAUCCCUUUUAUAGGUUGUAACUACCUCUUCUGUGUUUUUUUCCAUUGUUUUCCUUGUUAGAUACCAGCCAAACCCGUCAUGGUAUUCGGGAUUGUCUGGAACUCGUUUAUUAUUUUGAUCAUCGUCUUUGGUUUGUUGUUUUUGAUUCGAGUGCUUUUAUUUAAAUCUGGGUUGAUAUACGUUACCAAGAAAUGGUGGAGAGUGAUCGAAGAUUGUUUUCAUGUGUAUCAAUUCUUCAAGGUUCCAGAAUUCAACGAAAAUAUGCAAGAGAAUCAGUUGUAUCGCAAAGUUUAUAUUUAUUUAAAUUCUUUAACUUCCAUUGAAGACUCAGAUUUCACUAACCUUUUCACAGGGAAAAAGUCCAACGAAAUCGUCCUCGGCCUCGAUCCUAAUCAAAUCAUUGAAGAUGAUUUUCUUGGAGCUCGGGUUUCUUGGAUAAACCAAGAGAAGAACGACACAAAUACUUGCAGAACCUUCGUUUUGAAGGUAAGAAAAGCCGAUAAGCGAAGAAUUCUGCGUCCUUAUCUCCAACACAUACACGCUGUUUCCGAUGAGCUCGACCAGAAAAAGAAAGAUUUGAGACUAUACAUAAGUAUCCAAAAUCAUCGUCAUAGCCAAAACGAACGGUGGAGAUCUGUCCCCUUCACUCACCCCUCAACUUUCGAGACGAUUGCCAUGGAGUCGGAUCUCAAAAACAAGGUAAAAUAUGAUCUUGAGUCAUUCCUUAAAGCCAGACAAUUCUAUCAUCGACUAGGCCGUGUUUGGAAACGAAGCUUCCUCUUAUACGGUCCUUCAGGUACAGGAAAAUCAAGCUUUGUGGCAGCGAUGGCUAAUUUUUUAUGUUACGAUGUUUACGACAUCGAUAUUUCAAGGGUCUCAGAUGAUUUGGAUCUCAAAAUGCUAUUGUUGCAAACAACAAGCAAGUCCGUCAUUCUAAUCGAGGAUCUUGAUCGGUUUUUGGUUGAUAAAUCAACGGCGGUGAGCUUAUCCGGGGUAUCAAACUUCAUGGACGGGAUAUUAAACUCCUGCUGCCUGGAAGAAAGAAUUAUGGUCUUCACCAUGAACAGUAAAGAGCUUAUUGACCCGGCUAUACUUCGACCGGGUCGCAUAGAUGUUCACAUCCAUUUUCCAUUAUGUAAUUUCUCAGCUUUCAAAACAUUAGCAAACAGUUAUUUGGGACUAAAAGAUCAUAAGUUGUUCCCCCAAGUGGAGGAGAUUUUUCAAAGUGGGGCGAGUUUGAGUCCAGCAGAGAUCGGUGAGUUAAUGAUAGCCAACAGGAACUCACCUAGUCGAGCCCUGAAAUCGGUCAUCACGGCUUUGCACGACGGCGAUGGCAGGGGGUCUUCCAGUAUCGGACAGCGGUUGUAUGAAAGUUGGUCAAGGAAAUCACUGGACGAAACAGGGGAUUCUAGUUCCGUGUUCAGGGAAAAUACUGUCAAGGAGUUUAAAAAGUUGUACGGUUUAUUGAGGAUUAAGAGUAGUAGAAAAGAUCAAUCGUAUGAUUUGUCUGUCGAACAAAAGGAGGGAUGAUCAUGCGGUGGAUACUUGUGGUCACAUGUUUCAAAAUGUUUCCAAGUUCCAACGAUGCUUCAACAAUUGGAGCAAAAGGGGGAGAAAUUACACAUGCAUAAGUUAAACACAGUUGAUGUUUUGUUGAUAGCUAAUUAGUCUGCAUUCAAUUUUUUGGCCUUAACAGACACAGGCUUCCAAGAUGGUUUCUUUUUGACAAAUUUUUGGUUGCAGAUUUAGUCUUAUAUUACAUGAAAAUUUAAAUGAGAUUGAAAAGAAAAUCUUCAUGGUUGUGCUGUGCUGAUACACUGGGAUGUCUUAUAAGGAUGGAACUGGGUUUGGUCUUUUUAAUCUCAUGAUUAGUAUGAUGAUGAUUUAUCAACAGCAUUUUGGA